AGACGAGUGUAAUCGAGUGCCGGUGCUUAAAAAAAAAGGAAAACAGGAGCGGAGGAGCCGAGGCGUAAAAACUUUAACAAAAACUUGUUUUACGCGCUCGUAGACCAAACAAAGUUCAGCAGGAAGACUUUAUAAAGAGUUUCCAGAGCUCGUACAAGCAUGUGACCCGAGUUUCAGCAGCGUGGAGCGGAGUUUGAACCUCCCCGGAGAGAGAAAGACUGAACCUGAAGACAGACAUGAGCAUCAAGCUGCAGGACCUCAGGGUGUAAGAGGCGGUCACCAUGGCAACGCAGUUUAGUAUCGACGAUGCCUUCGUGCUGGAGGGAGACGAGGAGGGAGCCGUGUCCGACGGAGAGGCCGAGGGAUGGAAAGCCAGAGACAAGGACCGAGAAGGAGGAGGAGGAGGAGGAGGAGGGGAGAUGACGUUUGGUCCUCUAAGUUUCUCCAAACCUCAGACUCAUCCCUCGCCCGCUGCCACCGGCUCCCUUGAACACAGCAACCUAAAGUAUCAGAAUCUGGAAAAUGAAGACGCCUUGGGCAGCAGCAACGGCAACUCUUCUUUCAAUAACUUCUUCAAAAUCAGUGACCCUGCGACUCUGUCUUACUGCAGCUCCCAGUGGUCCUUCAGCACCUUGAGCUCUGUCACGCAGCUUUCUGCACACUGCUGCGGGUGGGUGUCCCAUCCGCUGGUGAAGAAAAACAGAAGAGUUGUCCUUGCUUCGUUUCUUCUCCUCAUCACUGGAGUUGCUCUUAUUUUCACGGGUGUUGUCAUACAGCUGAAUCCAAACGCAGGUGUUUCGAGUGCUAUCUUCUUUGUACCUGGAUUUCUUCUCUUCAUCCCUGGAGUGUACCAUGUGAUAUACAUCAGCUGUGCUGUCCGUGGACGAAGAGGCUUCAAAUUGUUCUACCUACCUUAUUUUGAAAAAUGACGUUUCAUGACACUCUCCGUCUUUGUUUUUCUAUGUUGAGAUGAAUUGUUUUUUCGUUUUGUUUUUUGUCACUCGUAACAAAAACGUAUUGUCACAUGGUUGUUUUUUCUUGUCAUUGUAAUGACCACUACUAAUUCAACCACUCAGCGCCUCGACUAUGUUUCCACUACAUGAACUGAAAUUACUGUAUGUGUACACGAGGGAAAAAAAGAAGGAGAUUGGUCUGUGCCUGUGUUUUCUGUUGUGUGAAUAAUGACUGUGAAACUACAAUAAAAACUUUUGUAUAUUUUAA